AUGGAAAUACGCAGAGAGAGACUUCAGCAAAUAGUCAAGCUUGAUUGCAGCGAAGACGAUGAAAUCAGUGAUCUAUACCUUCACAUAGUACAAAUGUUUGRGAGUAUACAGAAAACCACAACGGGAGAUGUUACGAAAUUGCAGCUACUAGACGACGUUGAAAUAGAGCUAACGCUAAACAGCAUUGUUAUCGAGUGGACAAAGGACUCAAUGGUAAGUGAAACGGUCGCCGAUAGUAUAAUAAUAAUGACUCUUGGAUUACAAACGAAAAAGAAGAACGUACUGUCUGAAUCAAAACUAGAAGAGAGAGACAGUAAUGCUUGGAAAGUCCAUGAAUUACAAAACUUAUUUCAAGAACAAUUCGGAGAUUGUUUUAGUGCCGAAACAGGGCAGGAAGAAGGUGUAGGGAAUGGUAGUGUGACCAUAGGAAAGAGCAAAGCUAUAGUCGACUUCUCUACCAUGAAGCUGAUCGAUUGCAAUUCGAAUCCAUUAAGGGGGAGAGUGGAGAGUAUACUCAGCAUUGGGCAAAAACUAACAACCCCAUUGUGCUGA